UUGAAGACACAUUUAUACAUUUUAAAGAGACUGACUAUUGUUAAAUCUACUAUAUUGAACACAUCUUGGACACAAACCAAUUUACAUGUCAAACCAAUUUGGUUGCCUUCUUUUUGUCGCGAAGGUCAUGUAAAAUGUAUUUUCACACAUUUUACUUGACGCCAAUCUAGUAUACAUAUAUAGUAUAUAUUCUAUUGCAUAUAUUACGAACUUAUGUAGAUAAGUAGGCAUUGGAAUUAGCGUUUCAUCCAUUAUUUGAAUACAAUUAAAAUAAGACAGGCUGGAUGAGCGGAUUGCCCUUAAGCAUGGCUCCCAGUAUAUUCUUUGUUAUGAUAUGGCGCAUCACCCUGCAAAUAAUGUAUCCAUACGGAUACAUGGGCUGUUCGCUGCAGGACGCAUUGGAUAAUGAGUAUCUGGUAUGGAACAAGGGCGAUCACCGGGAAAAUCAGAUGAUGCUAUUAAGGGACACCAUUCAAACCUCACUCCUGCUCGUACUAAUGAUAGAGCUGAUGCUGACGUUCAAUAUUCCGUUUCCGAUAGACAUAGGCGCCGAAAUAUAGUCUCGGAUCUGAACUCUGUUCCCGUUUAUUACUAUAGAAGCUAUAUAGCUCCAGUACGUUUAUUGCCCCAUCAAAACAAGAGUGCUCAAAUAAUUUCGUCUUGGUGUAGGACCGCCAUUGUGCCAACGUUCGUCGACUUUGUCGUUGUCGUCGCUGCACAUUUAAUCAGUAAAUUUUAUUUUUAAAAAUGGUAUUAAACAAUAUUUGCCAUAGCAAAAUGUACGACGCUCGCAGUGCAAUAAACUUUUCAGCACUUGAGCCGUUCGCCUGACUAAAUGACUGAUUGACUGACUGACUGACUGACGGACUGACCGACUGAUUCGCCGAACGCAGGAACGACUGACGUUGGAAUUUUUUUCUUUGUUUUAACUUUAGCUCGGCGCGAUUAUUUCGAUUUCGUGGAAGUGCGUUACUUGCGAAGGUUUGAUAGGAAUUUCAUGCGUCGUAUACAGGCUAUAUUCGUUACGAUAACAGUUCAAUACAGGCUAUAUUCGUUACGAUAACAGUUCAAUCGAUUCGACUGGGAAAUGUUCAUUUCGAUUGCUCAUGACUUCUUAAAGAGGAACUUUUAUGAAAAUUGUUCGCUUCUGAGAUUGGUUUUUUAGCUGAUUACACAGCCGUAUAUGUUAUAUUUAUACUAAAUUGAAGUAUGUUUUUUUAAAAUUUUUUCUCUUUUUUG